UUGUAAUCACAACAUGAUCUUGUAUGCUAUGCAACCAGCGCACAGUAACUGUCUGAUGUCUCUCCUGCCUCAGCUCUGCUUUGGAAUUUACCCAGCUUUGCAAUUGAUGUCCAAUAUGCACAAAACUUUUGAGAUCUGAGAAAUUUUCAAUGGAGGAUGGACAGCAGAUGGUCUCGCUAUCUGAUGGGGAAAUCAGAAAAAAAGAGCUGAAAGAUGCUGAAUUUGAAAAAAAGAUAAAAGCUUUAAAAAAGAAGAAUGAAGCCCUUGUCCGCCGAUACGAAGAAAUUGAAGAAGACAAACGGAAUGCCGAGAAACAUGGCAAGGCAAUUACUUCUCGCCGGGCUAAGCAAGACAACCUCACAAUCACGAUCACAAAGGCUCCUAAUGAAAAAAGAGUUGUAAGUGAGAAUUGGAAUAACUCUGACAGCGAAGAGGAGCAGAGAUUAACUGUGCAAGUGGGAAGAGAAGUGCAGCUUGCUGUUACGGUGGACAGUAAAGUUGAGGGAAAGAAAUUAGUCAAUAAGAAGAAUGAGCAAGACUGCAUACUGGUGACAAACAAAGCUUCUAAUUGGACUAUGGAAGAAGUGGAUCAUCUGUUUUCAUUUGGUAGAGGACGUCGUAUGCAGAUAGCAAUUGCAAUGGAACAAGGCAAGAGUGUGGCCAGUAAGAAGAAUGACCAAGACUGUUAUUUGGGGAUCAGUAAUGUGCCUAAGUUGACAAUGGAAGAAGUGGACCAUCUGUUUUCUUAUGGCAGGGGCCAUCGUAGGGAGAUUGCUAUUUCCAUGGAACAGGAAGCCAAGAAAAAAACUGGGAAAAAACGUGAAGAAAUAGAGAAAAUUGUCGUAAAAGAACAAAGCAGUAAGGUGAGCUUAAAGGAUCACUUUGAAUACUUGAAAUGGAAGAAAGAGCGUGAACAAAUUGAUCUUGACCGUGUGGCACGGCAUAAGAAUUCAAAAGGAGAAUGGCGCCGUCCCUGGGAUGUGGAAAAGACAGAUGACAUGUUUAAAGAUGAUUCUGACACAGUCCCAAGUGGAUUCUGUGGCAAGAGAGGGCUUGGAAAACCAGUUAAUAUCGAAAAGAUACAGACAAAAAGUAGUCAAGCUAAAGGAAAGGAUCGCCUUACUGGCAGAGCCCAAAGGUUUAAAGAUGACCCUGUCUACGUUGAAACAGUUGAAAAUGGAUUCUGUGGCAAAAGAGGUGAGCGUCACAUAAAAUACCUAAAGACACCAUCUAGGAACUGAGCAGUGAAGACCUUCCUCAACGAGUUCAAAUUGAAAAAUAUUCUGAUGAGAAUAGGACAUGUUUAAAAAAAAUAAAAUAUUCUUUCCAAUU